AUGGGUAAGUUCCUGCCAUCCUCCGGUGGGAGUCUGCAUGCUGAGUGGGUCCCAAAGCUGCUGCUCAGCAAGAUGGAGGCAUCUGAGAUUGCUCUACCCCAGGGAAGCGGCAUUACUGUGCGCAUCAGGCUGGCCAGCCCAGGCUUGCCCUCGAAGCCCUCCUGCUACAUCAUCAUGGCUAGACAGCAUGUGAUCGAGUUGCUCGUCAAACCUGGAGAAAGAAAGUCCAUUACCUUUAGCUGCAGCAAUCCAGAGAAGUACUUUGUCUUGGAGAUUGAGAAGAAUAUUGACUGCAUGUCAGGCCCAUGUCCUUUUGGGGAGGUCAAACUUCAGCCCUCCACAUCAGAGCUGCCCACUCUCAACAGAACCUUCAUCUGGGAUGUCAGAGCUCAUAAGAGCAUUGGCCUCGAGCUACAGUUCUCUGCCCCUCGCUUGAGGCAGAUUGGACCUGGCGAGAGUUGCACAGAUGGGGUCACUCACUCUAUCAGUGGCCGAAUCGAUGCCACUGAGGUGAAGAUUGGAAUCUUCUGCAGCAACGGCACAGUGUCCCGGAUCAAGAUGCAAGAGGGUGUAAAAAUGGCCUUACACCUGCCGUGGUUCCACCCCAGGAACGUCUCAGGCUUCAGCAUUGCAAACCGUUCAUCUAUAAAACGCCUGUGCAUUAUCGAGUCUGUAUUUGAGGGUGAAGGCUCAGCAACCCUGAUGUCUGCCAAUUACCCAGGAGGCUUCCCUGAGGAUGAGCUUAUGACCUGGCAGUUCAUCAUCCCUGCACACCUGCGGGCCAGUGUUUCCUUCCUCAACUUCAACGUCUCCAACUGCGAGAGGAAGGAGGAGCGGGUGGAAUACUACAUCCCAGGCUCCACCACCAACCCUGAGGUGUUCAAGCUGGAGGACAAGCAGCCUGGGAACAUGGCUGGGAACUUCAACCUCUCACUGCAGGGCUGUGAUCAGGAUGCCCAGAGCCCGGGGAUCCUGCGACUGCAGUUUCAGGUCCUGGUCCAACGUCCACAGAAUGAAAGCAAUAAAACCUACAUGAUCGACCUAAGUCAAGAGCGAACCAUGUCACUCACCAUAGAGCCAAGACAGACCAAACAGGGCCGCAGAUUUGUUCCCGGGUGCUUUGUGUGUCUAGAGUCUCGGAUCUGCAGUACCAAUGUUACUCUCACAGCUGGCUCCAAACACAAGAUCUCCUUCUUGUGUGACGACCUGACGCGCCUGUGGGUGAAUGCGGAGAAAACCCUAAGCUGCCUGGACUACGGCUACUGCUCUAGGAAGCCCUACCUCCUGCAGGUGCCCGCUGACAUCCUCCAGCUGCCCAUCCAGUUGCAUGACUUCUCCUGGAAGCUGCUUGUACCCAAGGACAGGCUCAGCCUAAGGUUGGUGCCAGCUCAGAAGCUGCAGCAGCACACACACGAGAGGGCCUGCAACACCAGCCUCGGCUACCGUGUGCUUAGUACCUCGCCCAGCCAGGACCUGUACUUUGGCUCCUUCUGCCCCGGAGGCUCCAUCGAGCAGAUCCAGGUCAAGCAGAACGCCACAGUGACACUGCGCACCUUUGCCCCCAAUUUCCAACAAGAGGUCUCCAGGCAGGUCCUGACUGUGUUCUUCAUACCGUAUUUCAAAGAGGAAGGCAUUUUCACAGUGACCCCAGACACAAAAAACAAGAUCUACCUGAGGACCCCUAACUGGGACCGGGGCCUGCCUGCCCUUUCCUCUGUGUCCUGGAACAUCAGCGUGCCCAGUGACCAGGUGGCCUGCCUGACCUUCUUCAAGGAGCGCACUGGUGUGGUCUGCCAGUCAGGACGGGCAUUCAUGAUCAUCCAGGAACAGCGGACCCGAAUGGAGGAGAUCUUUAGCCUGGAGGAGGAAGUGCUCCCUAAGCCAAGUUUCCAUCGCCACAGCUUCUGGGUCAACAUCUCCAACUGCAGUCCUGUGAGCGGCAAGCAACUGGACCUGCUCUUCUGGGUGACUCUUACCCCAAGGACUGUAGAUCUGGCUGUCAUCAUCGGUGCAGUGGGAGGUGGAGCUCUGCUUCUGUUUGCCCUGGGACUCAUCAUCUGCUUUGUGAAAAAGAGGAAAAAGAAGGUCAAUAAGGGCCCUGCUGUGGGCAUCUACAAUGGUAAUAUCAACACCCAGAUCCCCCAGCCACAAAAGUUCCAGAAAGGACGAAAGGACAAUGAUUCCCAUGUGUACGCAGUCAUCGAUGACACCAUGGUGUACGGGCACCUGCUAGAAGACUCUGGCCAAUCCUUCCUCCAGCCAGAGGUGGACACGUACCGGCCCUUCCAGGGCGCCAUGGGGGACUGCCCCCCCUCCCCACCCCCUAUAUUCUUCAGGACCCCAACUGCAAAGUUUGCUGCAGAUGAGCCAGCCCCUAGCAGCCCUCCUGAAUCUGAGAACGAACCCUACACCUUCUCACACCCCAACAAGGGGGAGGUAGGCAACAGGGAGACAGACAUCCCCUUGCUCAACACCCAGGGGCCAGUGGAGCCGGAAGAAUAACCUGGACCCAUUCCAAAGACUUCACUGAGGUGCAUGACACAGGGCACUGAGACAUGCAAAAGUGUCCCAACAGAAGAGAAAUCAUCUAGAGGGAAGAGUGGGUUUUGCUAGAUGCCACCAGAUCCCGGUUUCCCAGUGGACUUGUCCCAUUGAUGGUUCUCAUCUGAAUGCCAUCCUCGCAGCUCACAUCCUCCUAAACUCAGGUUGUGCUGGGGACCAGCCAUGGCGACAUCAGAGAGAUAUGGGUCACUGAGACAGGUUUACCAGGAACCCUGGAUUUCAAGUGAUAGAGACAGCCGAUUCCUAGGAGCGCCACCCAAGGUCUCUGCUCUCACUAGAGUCCCCAGGGUGAAACUGACAAUGUGCCUUUUUACUAUUAUUAUUUAUUUGGUGGUCCUAUGUAUUUAAGAGGCUGAAUGUGGAGCUAGGGGUGUCGUUCAGUUUGUGCCUGCCUAAUAUGCACAAAGCCCUGAGUCCAUCUGUUAAAGCCAGGCAUGAUGGUGCAUGCCUAUAAUCCUAGCACUAGGGAGGCAGAGGCAGGUAGAUCAGAAGUUCUAAGUCAUCCUCGAGUAUAUAGUGACUUGGAGGUCAGCCUGGGCUACAUGAGACCUUCCCUUCUUUACCUGGCAUAGUAAUGACUUGUGCUAACUGGUUUGGAGGGCUGUUUUGUUUUAUGCCAGUCACUAGAUAAACAUGCACCUGUCCCCUGCAAGGUGACAGAUUGGCCAUCUGCCCAGCCAGCAAAGGAUGUGUAUGUGUGUGUAGGACUGACACAUACCCACGUUGGUAAGAGACUUCCCAGUUCCCCCGGCUGCCUAUGGCUGUCCCCUGCAGAAUGCAGAAUUAAUCAUGAGUCCCCUUGUCCUCUAGUCCUAGAAAUAAGAGAAAUUUCCUUGAGCUGCUGUGUGUGUUGUGUGGCUCAAAUAUAUACCAGACAGUGGCCGUCUGUGUCAGUUUCCUGGUGUUACUGCACCACAGCCUUUGGUGGCUUAAAAGAAACAUGACUUAACAGUUCUGGAGAUCAGAAUUCCCAAAAUAGGGUUGACUGAGCUAAAAUCAGGGUGUCAGAGAACUGUGCUCUCCAACACUCUCUGGAGAGUUUCCUGGCCUUGCCUAUCUUUAGAGGCAUCUAUGGCCAAGCAAGGCUGUCUCAUAGGACAUUAGUCACCCUGGAAAAGUCCCUUGACUGUGUGUCAGGUGCCACCUCUACUGGUUUAGUGGCAUUGACAUAGGAAGGGUGGGCAUGGGGAAGCAAUCAAAUUUAUGUGUUGGUUCUCACUGUGUGCCAGCCCAGUGUCCUUCCACCGUGGUUUUGCUGAUGCCCAGGCAGCCCUCACAUCCAUCAGCUGGGCCUGUGAGCUAGGCCAGCUCAGGCAGAGCUAAUCCUGAGUGCUGUUUUCACUGCAUAGAAGGGAAAGUCUUCCAUAGAAACAAGCCAAGGUCCAUCGGCUGUGACCUCAGUACAGCUUAAAGGACCAAUCUGUGGAUCUUCAAUGCUUACCUGGAAAUAAUUUAUUUAAUGUUAGAGACAUUUUAAAUAGCAUAUUCAUGUCCUAUACUUUUUUUAAAUAAACAGAUAUACAAAAUUAAUGCAUAUCAGGUUGUUUAAAUGCUCCAACUGCUUGUGCCAAUUCCACAAAGGCCCCAGUUCCCCCCGUCUGUUUCUUGUGACAGGCUCCACGUGGGCUGAGCAACUGUCCUCGCCAUAGUCCACUAAGAGUUUUUGCACAGGAUGGCAGGCUUGGUCUGCAGUCUGUUCCCUCUUUA